AUGGAGGACGAGAUGGCAACGCUCCUCCUUCAAAACCACCUUCGUUCGAAGAAAAAGACGAAGACAAAGACGAAGAAGAGGAAUAAAGGCUCUUCGUCUCCUUCCUGGGAGGUGGACGAGUACGAGUGGGACCAAGUCAACUGCGUCGGACGAAUGAAGAACGAGAUGGAUUCGUUUUCCUCCGGGGGUGAAGAAUCGGGGAUCCCCGAGGAGGAGGAGGAGAAAAAAUUAUCCUCCUCUUCCCCCGCCUUUGGAAGAGCGGAAGAGAAACAACAGAAGAAACAACGUCUCGAAGACGACGACGAGGAGAAGUUGUCGCUGUUUGACCUCAACACCACAAAGAACAACCCGCUCUUCGUGGGUGUCUCGAGAGGCGCUCGGGAGAUAGAAGCGGACGAGAGGAGGUUUUUGAUUGGGCAGCAGCAAAAAGGAAAAAAUAUCACCAUCGUCGCGUCGAAUGAAGAUGGAAAGAGAGAGACGAGGAGGAAUAAUAAUAAAAAUAGAAAUGGGGGCGGCUCUUCUGCAAAUGGAAGUGCGAAAGUGUCGUCCUCUUCCGUCGCGAACAUCAAGGACAAACUCGUCCGCUGUCGCGUGGACAAGUGCGAAAUGAUGUGCGAGCGCGUGUACGGGAAACGAUCGAAAGUGUGCGAGAUGCAUUUGAAAAUGGACGAGGUCUUUCACGAAGGAAUGUUGCAAAGGUUUUGCCAAAAGUGCACGAGGUUUCACUCGAUCGAGGAGUUUAAAGAUAAGAGGAGGGCGUGCGCGCUCUCGCUGUCAAAGUUGGCGAAAGUGCGGGCGCCGAACGGCGUCAACGGGGUAGGGUCUUCGAUGAUGGCAGCGAUGGCGAAAAGAAGUGGGUUGAAUGCAGAUAGAAGCGAAAUGACGUCAUUCAACGGAAAUGACGAAGGGUAUCAGCAGCACGUGCCGUUUGACGCGCUGAUCGCGCAGGCCAAAAGUAAUCUGACGACGACGAAGCUUUCGCAGCGGCAAAACCAGCUGAAGCAAGGAGAACAACAGCAAAGGAACUCAAAUACGAGCAAUUCGAAAAGCACCUCGUUAAUUAGGAAAGAACCCAGCGAUGAUUCGAAUACGUGUGGAAACAACGACAACACGAAGCACCACAAGUAUCAGCGACAAGAGCAAAAUCAUCAUGAACAACACCAACAACAGGGACAACAAAAAGGGCAAAGCACCAUGCGCGGUUUUGAUGUUCUCGACUUUGCGUUUCCAGGCAUGGAAGAGCACGACGACGCGUACUUAAACGAUUUUGAUAGCGCAGGAGAACCAAUUCGUCCGCAAAGUAACGUUCUUGGACUCUUCUCUUACGACUUUACGACGGGGACGUUACAAAAUCGGAGCAGAACGAACUUACAUAAAGAUGCGGAAGGGGAAAGCACGGGAGGCGACUUUAGCAUCGUGCAAGAGGGAGCAAGAAAACAUUUGGAAGAGAUUGGCAGCGAUACGUAUUCUGGCGACGUAGACGAAUUCUUCGAACGACAGCAACAGCAACAAAAAUUGUACGCGGACAAAAUGACCAACUUCCCCGACGUGCACGUCUCUCGCGCAGAGAUUAAAAUUUCAAAUCGUACGCCGGCGGAUAUCUCUCCCGCAGUUGGUAACGGAAUUCGUCAGAUCUUUAAAGAUGCCGCGCAUAUUCGCGUUUGCGCUGAGCCGGGAUGCACUAAACUUACCGUGGAUGCCGUAUUUCCAGACAUAGUGCGCCUGAAGAAUGGGGGGUCGAGCGUAGAAAUAAACGCGCGAGAACUUGCCCAAAAAGCCGUCGACGCAGAUCGAACUUUGGACGACGUCGACGCCAGCGUCACGUUUCGGAACCAAUCGGCGACUCGAAAGAACGGAAAAUGGACAGUUUCGGAUGAAAAAAACUCGAAAAUGAUUUCUUUCGGAAGAAGUUUGGAAGCGCCAUGGAACGCUCCGUUCGUGAUUUGUACCAAUCCGAGUAGGAAUAAAAAGAAGAACACAAUUAAUAAUCAUAAGAAAGGACAUCAACAGCAUGAAAACAAAGGCAAUUUGUUUCGCAUAAGCAAUAUCGCGGAGAACGUGGUCGCACACGUGCGGAUUAACGGUCAAAUUCUGAAGGAUGUGAAGUCUUUGCGCCGAGUCGGAAGCGAUAGUUCGGUGUUAUGUUUUUCGGUGCCGCAAGAUUACGCGGAGGGCGUUCUCUCCGUCGAUCUCGUCUGGAGCGAUGAAGAUUCAACGCAUCCAGAUCUGGUUGGCAAGCCUGCGUAUGAUCGGUUCACGACAAUUUUGACGCCAGACGAAAAAGUUGCGGAUGAGAUUCAAUCGUUCAUCACGGAGGUGCAUUCCUUGAGUCCGAGAGUGGCUCGGUCCCUUCGAACGCACUUCGAGACGAUUUUUGCCGAAGACUUUCGCUCUGAAAGCUUUGAACGACCGAUGUUUCGGGAAAUGGUAAAGGAUAUCACGUCGUGGUCGUUGCGGAAUAGCUUCUCGUAUACCGUCGAGCGUUUAUUCGAGGCACAAAAACGCGCGCUCGAAGAAUUUCAGCUCUCGAGAAAAGCGCACACAGCUCUGGCGACGACGUGUAAGACGUACCUCCACAGUGCCUCUUUAUCGGGCUCAUCGAAUCUCGUCAAGAUGGUUAUUAUUCAUGGUGGUGAUUCCGAUAUAUUCGGAAGUGCUACAACAAUGGUCACUCUACCUAACGGAUCGAAAGAAUGCGCGUUACACGUGGCUUCAUCGGACGUAUUCGCGCAUUCCUCGCCGCUGAUCUUGGAACUCUUUUUAUUGGGAGAGGAAAACGUGCGCGCUUUCUUCACGCUGAAAAAUUCAAAGGGCGAGACGUCGAGAGAUAUCUCAUCCGGGCAUGAACCACGAGGCAGUUUGCAACACCUAUACGUGCAGCGCUGCGUGCAAAGUGCACUGAAUGUGUUUUGGAACGUUUCGAAAGCUAUCGUAGACCAAUAUUUGACCUCGAUUGCUAUGAAACAUCGCCUUUUUACGCAAGACGCGUUGUCGUGCUGGACGGACGCUUACGAAGAAGUGUGCGGCAAUUCGUCGGGUAUCAUUGACGAUAUGAAAACAAAUUUUGUUAAAGAUAUCGCAAAAUCAUCGAAAUCUACAGACUUUGCUACCAUCACGACUGCCCCAGUCGCGGAUACCGACGAAGGCGACAUCGAUGUAUUAUUGGAAGAAAACAAUGAAGGCGUGCGUCUUUCUUUAGAGCUCGCGAAGGUGCUUUCCUCUUGCGAUCACGUCGUUCGAGAAGUUUGCGACCGACACUUUUCGCACAUUCGGCGCGAAAUGAUGAAUGCGCUGAAUAGACCCACGGCGCGCGCGAUAGAAGAAGAAGAAGAGAAUAAUGAGAAAAAGGAAGUUCGUGGAUCGAGCGAGUUCCAGUCGAGAGAAGACGGAAGUCCUCCGCGAUGCGCAGAUUCUUUUUUGAAUGAUUGCUUUUUGCAUCAUCGACGAAAAAGUAGGAUAAGGAUGGAAUUGUCGACUUGUGCGAUUCAUAUCGAAACCGCAGCACGUGCACGAAUCACCCAAGUUCAAAACGCGUGGCAUCGAUUGGCUGAUUACGUAGCAGGUUUGGCGAUUUUAUCUUUCGACGAACCGGAAAUGGAAAAGCUUUACGUUCACGAAGAUUCAACGGAGAAGAUCUCAACUGAUUUGUUCGUGCACUUGUUCUACUCAUUGGCAAUAUUCAUCGCUUACGUGCGAUUUUAUCGCGCGAAUCAGUUGUUUGGUAUCAUCUUCUUCCCGUCUACUUGUACUCAGUUGUUCAAAAAGUUUGUGGCGAUUUGCACGCUCCCGGCGUUGUGUUAUAUGAACUACUUCAACCCGAAAUUUUAUGUGCGACACCGAGAAGCGAUUAACGUAGUGUCAAGAAUUUUGCUCAGUUUCUUGCCAUCUGGUAAUAAACAGCUCGAAAAUGUCAUCAUGCCGGUGUUGAUCGUUUUGAAAGUAGUCAUGUUCCGCAUGUCCUCGGCGUUAUGGCCUAUUCGAGCCGAACGCCACGCGUGCAUGGUCAUCCUCGGAGAGAUUUUAAAUCCAACCUGCGUCUCCUCGAUACUCUCCGUGUAUGCCAUAAUACCGAUGAUUUUGAACAUCUAUUUCUGUUUCAUCAUCGAGUUACGUCAAAGGCGGAUGUUUGCGUGCAAAUACGGGUGCAUUUGGUUGAACCAACGGUGGAGCGUUUAUGGGAGUAAAUCUGGAAAGUGGACGCAUUCCAAACGUCGCGGCGCGAGUAAAGUGUACACGACCAAACGCGCGUCGACGAAUACAACGACAACGACAACAACUCCCACGACUUCUAAUUACGCGCGGUAA